ACCUUACUUCCUCUUUGAUUAAUGGCGGAUGGCACAUGGAGAACAUUCAAACAGACAUCUGGAGCCGCGAGACAAGCUGCUUUAGCGGGAAAACAAAGUGAAAAGCAAUUCACUGGAUUUGGAUUAUCAACAACUGCAGAUCCUCAAGUUUUCAAUGACAUGGACCCUAAUGUAGAAGAGGAGAUCUACCACGAGUUAAUGGACAGCAGUCCACAUUUAUGCUUGACUGUUAGAUGUUUGGAAGAAAAUAUUUCUGCUGGCCUGCCUGAGGAUCAUGAAGACCCAAAGCGAAAUAUGCAGAAUCAAUUGACAAGGACUAACAGCUGCUUGAUAGUAGAUGGUAAAGGGCAAAACAGAUUGUUCAAGAUGCAUUGGGAAAGCAAUCUGGUGGUGAUGAAGUACUUGACGAAUACAAGGUCACAAAAACUUAAGGGCCACAGCACUAGACGGCAGCUGGUUAAUAUUGUCGUCAGUCACAUGAAAGAGAUUCAUGGGAGAAUCCCCACGUGCAAGCAACAGGAGACUUAUGCUUUGGGCAUUAUUUCUCUUUUUCCCAGCCUGAGAGACCCGUUUUCCGCAAAAGGCUAUAUUAUUCAAGACUUUAGUCUCCUGUUCAAUGCUGAAACAUCCAACAAGUUGCUUGAGAGGUGGGAGACUGCAUUUAAGCACAGGAUCAUCAAUGAGGCGAAAUCUCUGACUUCAACUGCCAGACUUCAUUGUCUUAUUAAUUCAGCAGAUGGACAAGAAUCUGAAAAUGAGAGAAAAAAGACUUAAGAUCAGUUCAACAGAGGCCUUUGAAAGACUUGUGCAUUUCCAUAAGUCUUGUACCAGCAUUGAAGACCAUCUCAGUGAGAGGAAGGGCCACCAGCCAUGUCGCCUAAGAUCAGGAAGGAUCAAGGGGAGGAUUGACCAUUUCUAUGUGGUUAUGGACAAACAUCUCAUCUCUUGUGCAGCAACAAGGUCCUUGAGUGCUGAUGAUGAACUCUUUAAAGACUGUGUUCAACUUGACGUACAAGGAAGCCCUUGUCUACAUCUUUACCUUUCUGCAGACUACAGUCUACAACAUCGAUGUUGGACCUACCAGUGAGUCACCCAGGGUAAAGAAACUGCGUGCAAAGCUUUUACACUAAAUGUUUCUUUUACAAUAAUGUGUUGGUGUUGUCAAAGCUUGCAAGCAAGCAGCACCUCUUUAAGACUCUCACAGUUUUUGAUACUGAAAAUGCUGUACAUUUUAUGUUGGUUUAACUGUGCGUUUAAGAUGCAUUGUUAAAAAUAAAAGUUUAAAC